AUGAUCAUCCCACAAAGCACGGCUGUGCGUAUCCUCAGCACCGAUAUUGAAUGCAUAUUUAGAGAAUACUUUUCUGCCCCAGAAGCACGCUAUGAUUCUGUUUUACAAAUUAGUGGUGUCGCAGUGAAUUACUAUGGAAAUGACCAUGCUGAGAUCAAGCAGAAAAUAGUUUUUACCUUGGAUACAUGCGCUGCUAUAGACGGCGUCAAAGUUGUAGAGUGCGAGACGGAGCGUGCUCUUUUAAGUAAAUGGCGCAUAUUUCUACUCAAGUUUGAUCCAGAUGUUCUCACUGGAUUUUAUUCUAACAAGUUUGAUCUAAAAUACCUGAUCGAGAGGGCGGAACGACUGGGACUCGCGACUUUCCCUUAUUUUGGACGUGAGCUUGACGAAAAGGUAGUGAUCAAGCCUUCUGCAGGGAGAAAACCAGCUGUUGUCGAAGAUGUUCCAGGACGUAUGAUUAUUGAUAUGUACGAUUAUAUCAAGGAACAGUAUCCCAACUUGUCCAGGUAUACGCUAGAUGCAGUAUCACAUCAUUUUUUGGGCGACCGGAAAGAACACAUGAAUUAUUUCGAAAUUCCAGGUUUACAAAUGGGCGAUGAGUAUACCAGACAGCGUUUAGCAAAGUAUUGUUUGAAAGAUUCAAUGCUUGCCUACGAGCUUUUCAAGAAACUGCAGCCACUUGAGAAUAUACUCGAUCAGACAGCAGUUCCAAUGGAAUGCUAUGGAUGUGAGGAGCAAUAA